AUGCAAUCUGGAUCAGCCAGGGUCGGAGAAGGAGGUGCUGAUGGAGGUGAUGGAGGACGAGUAGACUACACCAGAGAAGAUCCCUCGGGCGGAGGAGAGGGAGGAGAUGGACGGCCGGCGAAGGAGGUGAAGGAGCGAGAGAGAAGACCUGAAUCAGCUGUGGGUGGAGGAGGAGGACGACGUGCUGAUGGAGGGGGUAGAGGAGGAGGUGGAGGUGGUGGUGGACCUGCAGACCAAACAACAGCAGAUCCCUGGGGUGGGGUAGACGGAGACUCCACUGAGAAGGUCGCGGAGCAGGGAGGGGGAUCCGAGACGGGGCACCGAGACCCCCACCCGGGCCCCAGGGAGGAGGAGGUGGUGCUGGGGGCCCCCCGGCAGACAGGCACCGCGUCCUGGGUGAAGAAGAAACUGCCCUUGGCCCCAACGUCUGGGGGGCGUGAGGUGGCGCGCCUCACCGCCCUCUCCAGGAGACACAGCGCGGUGGGAGACCUGAAGAGCCGCUGGCAGGGCUGGGAGUCGGCCCACAGCCACACCCAGAAGCUCAACCCCUUCAGCGCGGGCUUCGACCCCCAGUACUCCAUGUCGUUGAGGCUCCAGCCGGGCGAGGAGGGCUACGGCCGGCCGAUGGAGGGCACCAAGACGGCUGAGAGAGCCCAGCGAGCCGAGCGCCACAUCCACGGCGAGAUCGACGACCUGUGCCACGUGAUCCGCCGCAUGUCGCGGGAGGACGAGGCGGACGGCCGGAGCUGCGUCACAUUCGGCGCACUGUUCGAGCGCUACGUGCGCGUCUCCGACAAGGUGGUGGGGAUCCUGCUGCGGGCGCGCAAGCACGGGAAGGUGGCGUUCGACGGCGAGAUGCUGUGGAAGGGACAAGACGACGCGGUCGUCAUCACCCUGCUAGUGUGA